AUGAAGGUCAGGAAGAGGAGUCCGCUCUGCAAAAGGAACCCCCAAGGGGAUAAGGACGAGGACCCGGAUGGGAAACUCCUCGAAGAAUACUACAGCGCAAUUCCGGGCAUCGAAUUACAGAUAGAAAAAUUGCUUCAAAGUUUCCACGUGAAUAAAUACGACUAUAAAAUUACGCACCUUUUAAUUGACAUAAUACAAAAUGAAACGAUUAAAAUUUUGAGGAAUGCCAAAAAUAUAAAAAAGAAUGGCAUCGAUAGGAGACUCUUCAUUAAGGCGGACCCCAGCAAGAGGGAGGACAGACAGGGGGAUCAGAUCAGCCCCGAUUUGGUGGGCAGCUCCAACGAUGGCGCAAAAAAGGAUGGCACAAAAAAGGAUAGCGGAAGUGCAGGGGUGGAUGAAGGUCAGCCAAGAGCGGACCAAAGCAAAGCAACUACAGACAUCUCCAAGGAUGCAGGCGGGGCUGAUUUUAAAGGUGGAGUGAUUGACGAUAGGGCAGCACAGGCAGCCACCCCUGUAGUGGCAGCCACCCAGGCGAAUAAUCACGAUGGGGAGGGGGAGAAGCAGAAUCGGGGAAAUGACCUGCAAGAGGGGGACGGCGCAGGAAUCGGUUCACAGAUUGGCACCCAACAGAAAGCAGACCCACCGGUGGCCCAAACGCAGGAGCAGAGUCAGGACAAGGACGGCCCUGCCGAAUUGCCAUGUGGGGUAGAAGACAGCACGAAAGGGGAAGCCGCAGAGGGGGACAAAGAGAAAAGCCAGGCUAAUCUUGAAAAUGGAGAGGAGAAAAAGCAGGUGCAGGUGGAUGUUGAAGAGGGGCAGCAAAAGGUGGGCGGGGAGGAAGGACACCAAAAGGAGGAAGCUGAGCAAACGGGGCAAACGGGGCAAACUAGCCAAACCGAGCAAACCGCCGAAAACUUCAGCAUCUUCAAAACCUUUUCGAGCUACUUUGCCAAAAAGAGUAAACCAAAUGAGGAGGACGGAGGGGCGCCCUUGAGGAAGGAAGAAGAAAGCGCGCCGGACAAAUCGGGCAACGGUGAAAGUAAAAAUGGAGACCCAGUCGAAGGCGCACCCAAAAUAAGCAGCGAACAGGAUAAAGAGGUUGGCAAAAGCACAGAACAGGUACAACCCGCAGGGGACAGCCCCCCGGGCGAAGUGGACAGUAAUGUAAAUCUUAGUGAGAACCCAGCAGGUGCUGGCAGCCAUGUUCCAAAUGGUGAAAAGGAAAAUGUGAAGAAUGACACGAAGGAUACGAAUGACGCGAAUGGCUCGAACGGCGCGAAUGACACCACCAAAGGGGAGGUGCCCCAUGGGAUGAGUGGAAGUGGUCGGAAUUUGGACGGAGGGGAUGAUGCAGCAGUGGCCCCUAAUGGGGACCAAGUGGAGGAAGCGGGAAAGGAAAGCAACAAAGAUGGGGGUGGCAUACCGACAGAGAAGGAAAGCAACAAAGAUGGGAGCGCCGCGCCUGUAGAAAAGGCCCCCACAGAGGAACCACAAAAUGGUGGCUUAAAGGAAGGUGCAAAAGACCCAGCAGAGCAACCAAAGGGCCAACCCACCACCACCACCACCGAACAGGAAGAAGUGCUCGUGAUAGACGAAGAAAGCAUCAACCUAGCCAUAAAGGAGUACGUCCUGAAGUACAUUUAUAAAAAGAAAAACGUGGAUUUCCUGUACGACGAAUUGGCGACGCAACAGAAGGGAAGUAACUCGGUGGGCACAGUAGACAGGAACGUCAGAUACCCAACUGGAUUCCCCCCCUACUUGCCAGAUGACUGCUCCAUUAAUACCAUCCUCCCUGCGUGGGACAUAAAGUAUAAUUUUAAUUCCUCCAAGGGGGAAAAUUACCAAUGA